AGCUGCUUAUUAAGCGGGGCCGGCUGGAGAGACAGACAGGUUUCACGGUAUAAAAUAUCGGGUUGCCGUGGUGGCAGGAACGACGGUUUCGUGUCGUGGCAGCUAUGGUAGCUCAGCUGGGGAAGAAGGACAGGCAGGGGAGACGACCGAGAGUCAUGAGCGAGAGAGAGAGAGAGAAAGAGAAAGAGAACGAGAGGAACGGAGAGUGACGGAGAAAAGGCCUAGGGUGGGAGAGGAGAGGGGAAGCUCUUGUCGGUCGGACGAGCGCGGGGAGGGAGGAUGGACGGCUGUAAAAGCGGUGAAAUAUCAAAGCCGGGAUGGGAGCUGUCAUCGUCGGGCCAACAUCAUGGGUGGCGUGUUGAAUUAGAAUGCCUUCCCACACUCCACGCAGCACCGAACCCCACCGCAAUUCUCCCACCAUAAUGCCAUCUCUUCCCUUCCCUACUUUCCUUGCGUCGAGCAAGGUGGUAGGGAUGAUAGGAGAGGACAGGUUAUACACCCCGGGUUGUAGAGAACGGAGGGUGAGGAGAGAGCAAUCGGUCUUUGUGUUGCGCCGCCAGACGGCGCGAAAGGCGUUUCAGUUGCAGCGCAGAGCGACUCUUGUGCGAGCCGCUGCUUCACUGCUUUCUUGGAUUUCGUGGGAUACACGUCGUUCCCCGGUUACGUGUCGUUACGUGUCGCGCGAGACGGUGAUCGAUUCCCGACGGAGACGCAACCUCGAGACCUACUGCGACCGCGGAUCUCUCGGUGGUCCUGCUGGUCAAGUACGACUCAGUUUCGCGAUUUUUUUGUUGGUGCAAAUAUCUCUUGUUGGUUCAAGUGCACAGUGAAAUUUACUAGUGGAAAACCCAAAUGGUUGUGCUCGAAGAAGGCAGUAUGCUGACUACUACUGGACACAAUCAGUAUUUACAACCGGAUUAUCUUUCUCCGCUCCCAACUACGUUGGAUGCGAAGAAGAGUCCGUUGGCGUUGCUGGCGCAAACAUGCAGUCAAAUCGGGGCUGAUUCGCCCACGAAACCUUUGAUCUCGCCUCUGGACAAAAGUUCAAAGAGCAUGAACCUCGCCACAAACGCCAAAUCGCCGCCGGCUGCGAAACUUGAGCGCAGCACGCGCGGCAGUCCGACGGACAGCAGACCGCUGGCGUUUAAACCGUACGAGACCAAUGUUGUGACAAAGAAGACCUCGGAUGAGGGUAGACCCGCGUCUAAAGCUAGUGUGCACAGUGUCAGUGGUCAGGAUAGUGUUAGUGCUAGUGAAAACGCGCACUCCGACAAAAAAUCGUCCGGCAAUCGCACGCCUGUGAGUCGCAAGUCGGCGUCACCGAGCGGCCAAGCGACGGCAACAUGCACAAGCACGCCGUCGGGCGACCGGAAGACACCAGCUGAUCGCGAGAAAACCGACGGAUCGCCAAAGAAUUCUAGUAGUAGUAGCAGUAGCAGCAGCAGCAGCAGCAGCAGUAGCAGCAAUAACAACAAUGGCACCAGUCCGAUCAUUAGAUCCGGAAUGGAGAUCCUUUCGGGCGCGCACACAAAAGACGCGAACCUGGCUUACAAACCAGGUCUUCCAGGAUUCUCCGGUAAUCCGCUGUGUUGUCCACCGGGCCUGGCCGAGAAUCCGGCAUUCAGGCCGCCUUUUGCAGGAGCGUCGCCAUUCUCGCAUCAUCACGCCGCCGCGGCAGCGCUUCUCGGUUAUCCGUCGGCCAGUCCGACCGGUGGCAAUCCGUACUUGAGUUACGCCCGCGUCAAGACUCCGGCCGGCGGUGAGGCCCUUGUGCCCGUCUGCAAGGAUCCGUAUUGCACCGGUUGCCAAUACAACAUGCACAGCGCCCAGAUAAUGAUGGGCGCCGGCAGUUGUCCGAGCGGUUGCACUCAGUGUGAUCAUCAGAAGUACGGACUGGCUAUGGCGCUUUCGUCUUUGGGUCCGAUGCCGCCGCCGUCGCUAUCUUAUCCGUCCACGCUGGCGGCCGGCGGCCGGCCAUACGUCUGCAGCUGGAUCGCCGGCGAAUCGUAUUGCGGCAAGCGGUUUGCCACGUCAGAGGAACUGCUGCAGCAUCUACGCAGCCACACCAGCCUGACCGGUGGCGAUCAUGCGGCUUCUGCGGCGGCGCUCCUCGGCAAUCCGCAUCCACAUCCGCUCUUGUCACCAUCUACGACACUCCAUCGGGCCGGCAGUGGUUCUUAUCCGGCGCCGUCGCUCAGUCCUCUCAGCGCUCGAUAUCAUCCGUACGGUAAACCGCCGACGGGCCCGCUCCCGGCCUCGCUAGCGGCCUCACCGUACAGCGCCUUCAACGCGCUCGGACCGUACUACUCACCGUACGCGGUUUACGGACAGCGAAUCGGCGCCGCCGUGCAUCCCUAAGAUGGACAUCAUCGAAGAUAAUGCGGCGACGGAAGUUUUUGAAGGAACUCUUCUUUUUUUUUUUUUUUUUUUUUUUUUUCUUAUAUACUUCUCUGUCUCUUUUACCCUUCUCCCUUUUCUCAGUGUGCAGGUGAAGAAUGUGCAAAACAUACGCGAACGAAUUUUGACCGUCUAAAGAGACUGUUGUGUAAAUAGCCACCGCUGUGUACAAUAUAUACAGAAUUUAUUUAAAAAGGAUUCUAUAUAUAUAUGUAUAUAUACAUAUGAAUAUAUAUAUGUGUAAAUUUUGAAGAUUAUGAAUUAAAGUUUAUGAAUCAACUCGACACAGUGUAAUGUUGCAUCGCGAGUCUCCAUUCUCUUGCGAGAACUUCUGAUAUGACACGAGUAAUACGCAUCUCUCCGUUUCAAAAAAGAAAAAAAAAAUCCGGUUGUAGUGAGGGACUACACACGCCAGCCGUAAGUUAAUAUUGUCACAACCGCCGGAGUCACACGCAAAACAAACAAACAAACAAACAAAAAACCAGGCAGGAAUUUCCGUCUCGCGCUUUCAAACGCGUGCCAUUGACGCCGUUUGAGCUUUUCCGACGCGCUUUGCGCGCAACAAGGUAGUCCUCGCUAUGUAUCAUCAUCCCCUCGCGCUACAGGCGACAUUAAUCGGUUAUUUCGGUGAUAUAUAAAUAAAAGAUUGUAAAGCGCGUAUUACAAACUGUUAUGUUUUUCGACGCUCCGCAACGCGCGAGAGCCUUUCGUGCUGUAUAAAAUGCGUUCGAUAUAAAAUAGCGCGGCAAAGUGCUAGUGAAGACACGGCCGCGCGUGUUCUAUAUGUCCAUGAUGUAACUGUGAUAUUACGCUAUUUUUUCGCGAAAAACGAUCGAUGAGAAAAGGAAAUAUUAAUAAAACUUUAGAGAUGUAUACACGAAUGAUGUGUCGUCGGGAGAGGUAAACUAUAUAAGAGAUUGUAAUUUAUUCAAGUUGUGCAGAGCAAAUACGCGAAUAAACGGUUUUUAAUCGUAACGAAAAUUUAAAAUCCCAUUAAGAGAAUGUGUUUUUAAUAUUUCUUCUUUUUCUUUAAAUUCGAUAAAUACGUCGUGAAACAUUUUUCAAAUAUUCGAUUCAGGAUAAUAUUACCUGAAAGCGUAUCGGAUCACAUUGUCCAUCGUCACGUUGUCACCACAUUGUCGGAUAGAAAAAUCUUAAUAGAAAGCACAAGAUGUACGCGAUACGCAUUAUCUGCAUUGUAAAUAUCUCUUGUAAAUAUCGUUGAGUUUCCAUACCGCUUUAAUAAAAACAAAUGUUUAUAGAAUCCA